AUGCCAAAUGGCCUGCGCUUCUUCACCGGUGAUCAUCCCCUUCUGCAAAAAGCCCAGGCCCCCUUUCGUCAUUCAUUCAUCAUCACUCGAGAGGAUGGCCUGCGUGUCUUUGGUUACGCUCUCCUCUUUCCUGAAGAAGUUACCCAUCCCUCUGUCAAGGCAGCUCUUCGUGAACAGGAGAAGGCGCUUGGAUGCCACCUUCCAGAUGAGAAUUCUGAACGACACUUCUUCACAAUGAAGGCCAUUGGAAUCCUCUCGAGGUGGGCUUUUGCAAAUGGAUUUUUCUGUUGGCUAGAAGAUUUGUGGGCCAGUGUCUAUAAGGCUGAUGAGCUGCCUAAUGAAAUCACUUUGGAGUCGUAUGUCUACAACCUCCUGUUUGAAUCGCAACUGGCGGAUCCUGGACAGUGCAGUAUUGUGUCCGGACCCUCGAGUCUGCAUUACUUCUUUCGCCCCGUCAAUCAGCUGCCCGAUGAUCACGACAGAAACCUGCCAUUGAAUUGGCUUCCAGUCUUUGAGUAUCCCUUGGUUCAACUCCUCCAGCUCUUCUCUUUCGACAACUUCAUUCAGCUUUUGACUUGUGUCUUCCUUGAGCAUCGCAUUGUCCUGCAGUCGGCUGUUGUCUGUCCAGAUCUGGGUUACUGGGCAAAUUCCCAUUCAUGUUGUCGAAUGGGAUUGAUGGUUGUUUGGUUGGUUGAUUAUCAACGUCGGUUCUGCCAAUUCGAUUCAAAUCGUUUUCCUCUUCUUAUGGCUGAUAGAGCACAAUGA